AUGGACAUGCUCACUGAACAAUCCAAGACCUACAGAGAUGUCACCGAGAUGGAAAUGGAUGCACUCAGAAAAGAGUUGCUCGAACUCCGCGACACCCAUGGCAAGGCUGGUGACCAACUUCGUGAUUGUAAAACUGCCAUUCAAGCACUACAAAGUUCAAAUCGUGAAAAAGAAGACAAGAUUCAAUAUUAUAAACAAUCGGUUGAAAGUAAUAAUUUGGUUGUUGAAAUUCAACAUAAAAAUCUUCAAAAUCUUAAACAAGAUCAAAAUUCAAAACAAUCUCAAAUUGAUGCAUUAUCAAAUACAAUUGAACAAUCAACAAAAACAAUUCAAAAUAUUACGGAACAACAAAAUCAAUUGUCAGAACAACAAAAAGGAGAGAUUCAAAACAAGACUGCUGAAUUGUCACAAGUCAAUAGUGCAUACCAAGGUGAAUCUGCAAAAUUAAAGGAUCAAACUGUACAAUUAAAUUCAUUAUCUUCACUUCUUCGUUCACAAAUGAAGGCAUUUGAAACAAGUCAAAAUCUUCAAAAGGAUCUAAGUAGUACUGAACAAAAGAAAUUAUUAUUAUUACUUCAAGAUUUGGAAAAUGGUCUAAACAAAGCUUCUCAAACUAUUACAGAACAAUCAAAUCAAAAUAAUACAUUAAGAAAAGAGUUGGAAGAAAGUAAAAAAUACAAGGAAGAACAAUCACAAUUGAAUCAACAAAUAUCAAUGAUGAAGGAUAGAUUGAUCAAUAGUGAGAAUCAAUUGAUUGAUCGUGAAUGCGAAAAUACACUACUUCAAGACAAACUCAAAAUGUGGGAAGAGGAGAUCAAGAUCAAGGAUGCCAAGCUUGGACUACUCGAGACCAAUGUCAAAGAGGUUAGAGCAGAGUAUGAAAAUGGAAUGGCCUUUUCUCGUGAGCUUACCAACCCAACCAACGCUGCUAGCAACAAGAAACUUAACCGUAAAUCCAAAGCCUUGUCGGCCGAAGAACAGUUUGAAAACAUGCGUGAGAGUUCGAUUGCUCAUCAAACCCACAAUGCCUUCCUCAACUUACAACUCCAACGUCUUGAAAACGAAAUGAGACAACAAGAAAAGGUGUACUCUGAAACGAUCCAACGUAUCAAGAGAGACCUCCAACAACGUAACCAACAAAACAUUGCCUUUAUGAAACAACAAGCUGGCGAUGAAGUCGUCCUCAAGUUGCAAGAAGUCACAGCCACCUUUGAAAACCUCAAAAAGAAGUAUUUUGUCAGUUUGGUGGUCGCUGCCAAACUCCAACACUCUAUGAUGGGUGAUAUCUGUAACGUAGAUGCUUAUGAAAUGUAUGAACAAGCUCAAUCUGAACAUGUACUCGAUCAAGAUCAAUGGCCAAAUUGGGUUGCUGAAAAUAUUUCAAAAAAGAAAUAA